CACGUGGUCAGUUGGGCGGAGCACCGGCGCGGCCGCGAGUCAAAAAAAGCAGCCGGGCCGAGGAGAGUAUAAACAAAUAAGAAAACGAGUGAAGAUGGCAUUGAGCAAGAGUGUGGCUGGCCUCUUCUCCGGGCCGAAAAGUUGUGUUUUCCGCAAAUUGAGCGGCGCGGCAAGCAGCCAGCUUGACUUGUCGGGCAUUUUUGCGCCCAUCCCUACGCCCUUCAACCCGGACGAGAGCCUCGCCUUUGACAAGUUGGAGCACAACUUGGGUGUCUGGCAGAAAAUUCCGCUCAGAGGUUAUUUGGUGCAGGGCUCGAACGGCGAGUUCAAGCUGCUCAAGGAUGACGAGCGGGUUGAGAUGGUGCGCCGCUCUCGGCACUUCAUUUCCAAGGAUAAACUUCUACUCGCUGGCUCCGCCUGCGAAUCCACCCGGGCCACCAUCGAAAUGAGCAACCUCAUGGCCGACGCAGGUGCUGAUGCCGUCCUCAUCAUCAACCCCUGUUACUACAAAUCUGCAAUGAACGAGGAGACGCUGCUCAAGUAUUUCUGGCGCGUGGCCGACGAGUGCCGUAUGCCCGUGGUGCUCUACAACAUGCCAGCAAACACCGGCAUCGACCUGAGCGUCCCUCUCAUCACCAAACUCGCCCAACAUCCCAAUAUCGCCGGGCUCAAAGACAGCGGUGCCGAUGUGGGCAAAAUGGCACAAGUGGUGCACACGACAAAGGGACUCGGUUUCCAGGUUUUGUCGGGUUCGGCUGGACUGCUCCUUCCCGCGCUUGUUGUGGGUUGUGUUGGUGGAAUAAAUGGCUUCGCUAACACGAAUGGAGCGGAACUGUGCCAGCUGAUCAGUCUUUUCAAAGAGGGAAAACUAGAGGAAGCUGGCGAACUGCAACGGAAAAUUAUGCAUCCCAACGCGCUGAUUACGCGAAUCUGGAACGUACCUGCAACUAAGGCGGUCAUGGACGCCGGCGGUCAACUGUAUGGGGGCCCGUGCAGAGAGCCACUCGCUCCCGUAACCAAGGAACAGCUCAAAACGCUCAUCGAGGCCUUCGUCAAGGAAGGAUUUCUACCCCAACAAAAAUGAAUGUGAUAUGUGAAUAAUGAUAAAUUGUCUACAAUUUUUAGUUGAAAAUUUCAGUGUUUGAAGCCAAUGUUGACUGACGGCACCAAUAACGUUUGACAAAUUUCUGGACGUGUAUAGUUGAAAUGAAAAAAUGUAUGGUAAUUUAAAACCUAAUGGUGAACAUUUUUCACUAUUUUGGUUUUAGAACAGAUUAUUUGGGAUAGAUUUAUCUGUAAAAUGUUGCUUGUUGGGAUUAAAUAAAGACGAAUAUACCAACAAUUCAGUUUUUCCCAGCACCAAGUUCUGCCCUCUCGGCCACAGAAGUAUUUUAGUUGUUGUUUGUGUGUUCACCAUUAGGCAGCAAUUAUUAUUCUUGUCGUUCAUUUUUCAAUGUAACAAAAAAUUGAAAAGCAGGAAGACUCAUCAGCAAAACUGAUUCCAAAAUCAAACAAACAAAUGGAAAUUGGUGCUCUCUUUGAGCAGCUUCUAUAUUACUAAAGAUUGGAUAAUCAAUUGGACAAUAAAGCAUGAUACAAACCCCCCACAUCACCACAUCAGUUGCGAUCAUUUGAUCGAAAUUUAAGGCAACUGUGAAAUUCUGAUAGGAUUGAAAUGAAAGGCAAAAUUAAAUAAAGAAUGACAAUAACAUUGCUGCUGUAUUAAACUUAAGAAUAAAAAUUGUUUUGAUCGAGUAAAAAA